AAAAUUAUUCAUAUAAGUACUGUAAGUAUUAAUUACAUCUCUCUAGAAUCUAGAGUUUUAACACCACCAAUAUUCGCAUUUAUCAAAAAAAGAAAAAAGAAAACAUUACAGCAGAUCGAAUCGUAUCCGUUAAUUAUACAUCGCACGGCUUACAAUUUUUCGGAGUAAUACAAAUUGCAUAGGAAAGUCGGCGUCAUAAUCUUCUUACAAAAAAAAGUAAAUAAGAGUCCAACUUCUUCUUCUUUCCUUUCUCUUCCUUCAUCUUCUUCACACGUCGCGCUUUUCGGAAAACGCGCUUAAUUAAGCUUCUAUCAUUUCACUAAGCAAAUUAAGUUAGGGUUUCACUUCACCUCUGAUCCCUUUCCAUUUCGAAUCUCCGCAUCUCAAUUCGUAGUUUCAUAAUCAAUUCCGAGGAAUUCAAGGAACUACUUCGAGUUUCGUUGCUGCUGUUUUCAACUUCUGUGCUACAAUUUGGUUAUACAUAUUGAACAAGCUGAUUUGGGUGAUUUUGGGGAUUUUGUUCCAUGAUUAGUAGUACUGGAUGUGGAAAUUUUGGUAGUUGAAUUGAACUGAACUUAUUGCUUUAGGAUGGCGAAGAGUAGGGUUGCUGGAAGUUAUUUUGGUAAUCCUCUAGAUACAGUUGGUGAAUCUGAGGGGUCAGGAACAUCUGGACAAAUAGAUACUGAAAUUACGGUUUCAGAGGAUUCUAGUGCACCGGCAAGGAAAUCUAUUAGUUUGAACUCUGGUCGUCGUGGUGCAUUUGGUGCUUCGAUAUUAGUUGUUCCAUUGUCAAAAUUGUCAACAAUUGGAAGAAAAGAUUUGGCGCAAAGGUUGAGAUCUGAGCUUGAACAUGUUAGGCAACUUCAGAAGAGAAUUGAAAUACAGAGAUUGAAUGGUGUUACGUUGUCAUCCUCUAGUGAUAUUCUUAGUUGUAAUAAUAAUAAUAAUAAUAAUAAUAAUAAUAAUAAUAAUAAUAAUAAUAAUGGGAAUAAUGGUCAAAGAGUGGAACACUCGAGGAAAAAAUCGGUGUCUAGUUCUUUACCAGGGAAUAAAUCGAAAUUUUUGGGUAAGAAUAAUAAGCCACGUGGAUGGAAUCGAGGAACUUCUGGUAAGUUUGAGGCUCCAGCACAGGGUUCUUCGCCAAACAGUACAAAUUCUUUGUUGAUCAAAGAUUGUGAGUCAUUGUUGACACGAUUGAUGAGUCACCAAUAUGGUUGGGUUUUCAACACCCCUGUGGAUGUGGUGAAGUUGAACCUUCCUGAUUAUUUCACCAUCAUUAAACAUCCUAUGGAUUUGGGAACAAUUAAAACCAAGAUCGAUACAGGAGCGUACUCAAAUCCAUUGGAAUUUGCCGCUGAUGUGAGACUUACAUUUUCAAAUGCAAUGACCUAUAAUCCACCAGGGAAUGAUGUCUAUAUCAUGGCUGAUACCCUCCGUAAAUAUUUUGAAGGGAGAUGGAAAACGAUAGAGAAGAAACUGCCCAGAAGUGAUGCUCUGCCGUUGCCUACGAAGCCAGGCCCUCGUCAAAAUGUGAAAACUACUAGACCCACGCCUCCUUCCAAAAAGAGGAAAAUUGUCUCAUUGCCCCCUCAACCUGAAGUUAUCACACCUGCUAAGCCGGUUAUGUCGGAUGAAGAGAAGCACAAUCUCGGUCGACAGUUGGAGUCUUUGCUCGGGGAAAUACCUGUCCAUAUUAUUGAUUUCUUGAAAGCACAUAGUUCAAAUGGAAGAGAAAGCGGAGAGGAUGAGAUUGAGAUCGAUAUUGAUGUUCUCAGUGAUGAUACACUUUUAACAUUACGAAAGCUUUUGGAUGACUUUUUGCAAGAUAAGCAAAAGAACAAAGAAAAUGUUGAAAUGUGUGAAAUAGAGGUGUUGAAUGAUUCUGGACCUAGCAAUUCCUCAUUGCAACCAUUUAAAGGUAAUGAUCUGGCUGAUGAAGAUGUGGACAUUGGUGGAAAUGAGCCCCCUGUUUCAAGCUAUCCUCAUGCAAAGUUUGAAAAGGACGUUGGUGGAAAUGAAUCCCAUGUUUUAAGCUCUCCUAAUGCAAAGGUUGAAAACGAUACUAGUGUAAUUGAGCCCCCUGUUUCAAGUGACCCAAAGGACAUUGGUGGAAAUGAACCCCAUGUUUUAAGCUCUCCUAAUGCAAAGGUUGAAAACGAUACUAGUGUAAUUGAGCCCCCUGCUUCAAGUGAUCCUGAUGUGAAGGUUGAAAAGGAUGUUGAUGGAAGUGAGCCCCCUGUUUUAAACCAUCCUGAUGCGGAAGUAGAAAAGGAUGCAACCUGCAGAGAGAACAAAUGUCAGAGUCCAGACCACUCCAAUGAUUCAGACUCUAGUAGUUCUUCUGAUAGUGAAUCUGAUGAUGUUAAAGCAAGUCCAGCCAAAGAAGCAAAGGUACCAGAAAUUACGGGUUCUGAUGCUCAGUUAGACGAGAAGAUCGGGGCUGCUGAUAAUCUUGAGAGAAAUCAAUGUGUCAGUGGCUUAGAUCAAGUUGAGGAUUCUCAGGAUAAACGAAGUUCUUUCGACUCUGAUUGCCAGCAAGAUGGGGACAGUGGUCCAACUGAGAGACAGGUCUCCCCAGAUAAACUUUAUCGAGUCGCAAUAUUGAAGAAACGAUUUCUUGAUACUAUCUUGAAAGCUAGAGAAAAGACGCUCACACAAGGAGAAAAGGGAGAUCCUGAGACACUGCGCCUGGAAAGGGAGAAACUGGAGAUAGAGCAAAGGAAAGAAAAGGCAAGACUACAAGCAGAAGCAAAAGCUGCUGAAGAUGCUCGAAAGCAGGCAGAAGAGGAAGCUGCAGCCGAAGUCAGACGAAAGAUAGAGCUCGAAAGAGAAGCUGCACGACAUGCUUUGACACAGAUGGAAAAGACUGUUGAAAUCAAUGAGAAUUCUCGUUUUCUCGAUGAUUUGGAAAGGCUUAGAGCUGUACCUGCUGAGACAUUGCCAAUUUCUGUAGACGAGACAAGUCCUGAUCACGCUGAGGAUGGCUUGGGUAGUUUCAAGUUUGGCAGUAGUAAUCCCUUGGAACAACUAGGGUUAUAUAUGAAAGUUGAUGAUGAAGAGGAGGAAGCAGAGCCACCUGCAGUUCCAAAUCCUGUAAAAGAUGUAGAAGAGGAGGAAGCAAAGCCACCCUCAGUUCCAAAUCCUGUAAAAGAUGUAGAAGAGGGAGAGAUUGAUGGCUUGGGUAGUUUCAAGUUUGGCAGUAGUAAUCCCUUGGAACAACUAGGGUUAUAUAUGAAAGUUGAUGAUGAAGAGGAGGAAGCAGCGCCACCCUCAGUUCCAAAUCCUGUAAAAGAUGUAGAAGAGGAGGAAGCAAAGCCACCCUCAGUUCCAAAUCCUGUAAAAGAUGUAGAAGAGGGAGAGAUUGAUGGCUUGGGUAGUUUCAAGUUUGGCAGUAGUAAUCCCUUGGAACAACUAGGGUUAUAUAUGAAAGUUGAUGAUGAAGAGGAGGAAGCAGUGCCACCCUCAGUUUUAAAUCCUGUAAAAGAUGUUGAAGAGGAGGAAGCAAAGCCACCCUCAGUUCCAAAUCCUGUAAAAGAUGUAGAAGAUGGAGAGAUUGAUGGCUUGGGUAGUUUCAAGUUUGGUAGUAGUAAUCCCUUGGAACAACUAGAGUUAUAUAUGAAAGUUGAUGAUGAAGAGGAGGAAGCAGCGCCACCCUCAGUUCCAAAUCCUGUAAAAGAUGUAGAAGAGGAGGAAGCAAAGCCACCCUCAGUUCCAUAUCCUGUAAAAGAUGUAGAAGAUGGAGAGAUUGAUGGCUUGGGUAGUUUCAAGUUUGGUAGUAGUAAUCCCUUGGAACAACUAGAGUUAUAUAUGAAAGUUGAUGAUGAAGAGGAGGAAGCAGCGCCACCCUCAGUUCCAAAUCCUGUAAAAGAUGUAGUAGAGGAGGAAGCAAAGCCACCCUCAGUUCCAAAUCCUGUAAAAGAUGUAGAAGAUGGAGAGAUUGAUGGCUUGGGUAGUUUCAAGUUUGGCAGUAGUAAUCCCUUGGAACAACUAGGGUUAUAUAUGAAAGUUGAUGAUGAAGAGGAGGAAGCAGAGCCACCCUCAGUUCCAAAUCCUGUAAAAGAUGUAGAAAAGGGAGAGAUUGAUUAAGCUAUGCACAUUUUGUAUCACAAUCAAGUAGUAAAUUAUAUAUAGUUAUGUCCACCCCACAAAAAUAUCCACAUGUAUUUUAGUUCUCGUGAUGCGUUAAUACAUCGUAAAUGGGACGAAGGAAAGCAUUCAGCUUCUCGAAGGACAAUAUUAAACUCAGGCCUGGGCUGUCAUGUCGUUGGGGGAAGCGGUUCUUGGCCAUUCACAAUUAAAAUGUUAUGCAUCCAUCUUCUUGUUUUUAUAGUACGAGUCAGUAUUUUGAUUUUCGCAUCCCUUUGUCAUGGUUAAGUUACACAAAAGAUAAGCAGUGUUGGUCUUGAAAUUGUGAAUAUUGAAGGAGCUACAUCUUUCUGGUUACUGGGAGUUGUAUUUGUGUUUGGCUAUUUCUGUAGAUGCUAGAAUUUUAGUUUAAGUUUUAUAUCAGUUUCAUUAUCAGGACACGAGACAUUGUAAUGUACAUUAUAUACUUGAAAACAAUUAUCUAUGAUUGUCAAAAAAAAAAAAAAAUCUAUGAAAUAAUCUUCAUUUGCA